AAGCGCUUCCGGUGUGUUCAAAGUAGUGAGGUUUGCUUUCUUUGGACUCUAAAGAAAGUGUCGGCUCCGCUUGUGUCAAAGAAACACUGUUGGUUUUUUCCUUCUGCUGUAAUCAUGAAUUUUAAGAUACGAGCUGCCACAAGAGAAGACUGCAGAGACAUCUCCAGGAUGAUCAUGGAAUUGGCGGUUUAUGAAAAGAUGCCAGACCAAGUGAAGAUUUCUCAUGAAGAACUGGAGCGUGACGGUUUCUGCCAGAAUCCCUUCUUUGAAUGCCUCGUGGCAGAAGUACCAGAGGAGCAUAAAUCUAAGGAAGGAUUUACAGUUGUCGGAUAUGCACUUUACUUUUACACCUACAGCACAUGGAAAGGCCCGACAGUGUAUCUGGAGGACCUGUAUGUGAUGCCAGAAUUCAGAGGAAAUGGCUUUGGCAAAGGUUUACUGAGCAAAGUUGCUGAGGUGGCGAAGAAGAAGCAGUGUGUGCGGCUGCAGCUGUCUGUGCUGAACUGGAAUACUCCUUCUCGAGACUUCUACGCUGCUAAAGGAGCUCAGGACCUCACUGUCACUGAAGGCUGGCACUUCAUACGCUUUGAUGGACAAAACCUGGACAAUUUAGCAAACGAGGCUCCGAAAAAUUAAAAAGUUGCCACAAAAAAGUGCACUGUAUCCUGCUGUGGAAAACGUUUACCUUCAUAAGGUUGUUAUCCACUUUGUCUCUCCCCUGGAUUUGCAAAUUUAAAGCUAAUCACAUUUACAGGCACCUAUGUGUGAUGUAAAAUUGUUUUUAUAAUGAUUGUGUUUAUAAAAAGAAACUUUUGAUUUACUUUUAAA